AAAAAUCAGUCAGUCGAUGUUGAAACACCAAACAUUCGCGAAGCUCAUGCAAUACUGAUCAGCACGUGUUUUAAAUCCGAGUAACCUGUGCUUAUCAGAAACAAAAACAGCCUCCGUUAAUUUGUUAAUAAUCAUUUAAAUCUUCUGAUACUAAUUUUACUUAAUUAGAUCAGUGAUCAAAUACAAAUUGAGUUGAAGCAAUAAAACGAUCCACAAGUGUAAAAAUGGAUGGCUAUUUACCCAACGCCUGCGAAUAUUGCGGCAAAAUAUUUGAUAACAUUCGUAAUUUAGUGUUGCACAUCGAGGCUCUUCAUAUAGAAUUCGAUGUUGAUGAGGAUAAUCUAAAAAAAGAAUUGAAUGACGACGACGCUCAGGAGGACUGGCCCACGAAAGGUAUUCCCUUGAGCUUAAUUUUACCAUAUGGCACUCCCGAUGAACACGCAGAAGUCCGACAACAAGAAGUAGAAAAUCUGUUGAUGGCGGAACAAAAACAACUCUUAGAUGCUGCUUCUGCGGUGUAUCAAAGUUGUUCGUCGCAGGCAUUGACAACGUCAAAUAAAAAGUUUGCCUGCCCCGUACCCGGGUGCAAUAAAAGCUACAAAAACCAAAACGGGAUGAAGUACCAUGUGAUUAACUUUCACGAAAUCAAUCGCGACUUAAUUAAGACUGUCAAACCAAAAAAAGAAUUUAAAUGCGUCUACUGUAAGAAACAGUAUAAGACUUCAAGGGGCUUGCAGACUCAUGUGUUAGGGCAUGAACAGCAACUAGGCAUAGCUGGGCCAUCAUCAUUGAUGGUGCGGCACCAACAAGUGCAUUAUUCGACUGUAGACUCAUCUUCUGACGAUACUAGUGAUGGAGUAUUCUAUUUAGGGAAUCUUUUCCAAGUGAUGUCGCCUUCGGCUUCUACUUCUACUAAUAGACAUGAAGCUGAGCCAACUCGCAGAAAUCCAUAUCUAAACUAUGAUGAUUCUGAUAACUCACAACUGAUACUGGAACAACAGCAAAGAAAUUUGGCAACUUUAAGUUUACUUCGUCAAAUGGCAAGGGAGAGAUCUCCAGACACUCAGGGACCAUCACGUCAUGAAGAAAAUUCUGAAGACUAGUAUUACCAUCGAGAGUUUUCUUAAUUUUUGUUUUACAUGCGUUUAUUUCAAAUAAGAAAUAUUAUGAUUAUUUUCAA